GGCUGGGGCCAAAGCGCCGCGGCGGCCGCGCUGACGGGAGCGCUUCGCUGUCCUUCUUCCCCCUGCCCGGUCCCGUUCCCGGUCUCCCGCUCCUAUGGAUCUCGCGCCCGCCGCUCUCCAUCGCCGCCGCCGCCUCUCGCUCGCCUCGCCGGCGUCCCCCGCCUCGCCCGCCGUGGUCAAGGCGCUCUUCCAGGACGAGCUUUCGCCCGUCUCCGACCUCCGCCUCAGCAUGGAGCAGCUUGGGCGCGGGCAGCGCGAGAACACGGAGCAAGACCUGGGGAACAAGAAUGGAUUGCAAAGAUCUUCCUCCUCAGAAUCCACAGACUCAGGUUUGGCUUUGGAUUCUCCCGGCCCUGCGACCUCCGGCGACCCCGUGGAGGACACGUUUGAGAAAGCAAUUCUCAAAUCCAGCAGACUGAACCUUCGAAUACCUUUCAGGAGAAUACACUCCCUGCCACAAAAUCUGCUGGGAUCCAGCCCUGCCCUGAAGAGAAACCAUUCAGAUUCUCUGGACAGUGAUGCUUUUCAGCCAUUGGCACAAGAUGAAAAUAAGGAGAAUGAAUCAUUUGAGUUUAAGAAGCCAACCAAACCAGCUUCUCGUUGCUUCCGUGAUGGAAGGGCUGGAGCAAGGCAGAAUUCACCUCCAGCUCAGAUUAUUCCCAUGGAUGAAACACCCUCGGGUGAGCAGGAGAACUACAGGCCAGCCUUCCUGCAGCAGCAUUCCCUGACCUCAGAAAGCGAGGACGACGACGGAUUCCUGGAGCUGCUGGAUGACCAGGAUUUGAAGAACGACGAGGAGGUGCCGUCGGACGUGGCGAGUCUCUGGACCGCGCCGCUGGUCAUGAGGAGAGCGGACAAUCGGGCCAAACGGUGCCGCUUGUUUGGCUCUUCAUCUGUGUCCAGCAUUGCAGGAAGAACCACCCAGAAGAGGAUGGAGAGAUCCCAGGAGGACAAUUCCCCUGGGAAAAGCAAGAAGAGGAAAAGCCUGCCUGGAACUUCCGAGGACCCAACGAGUGUGAAGCUGGUGAGGACCCAACCCUCCACAGCAGAGAUCGAGAGCAUUUUGGACAGUGACCAGAGAGACCUGAUUGGGGACUUCUCCAAGAGCUAUUUACUUGACACUGUUGAUGGGAAACAUCAGGAUUUAAAAUACAUCGACUCAGAAAUGAUUGUGUCUGUGCUGACUGGGAAGUUUGAGAGCUUCAUCAAGCAAUGUGUGAUAAUGGACUGCAGAUACCCCUACGAGUACGAAGGAGGGCACAUCAAGGGUGCCAUAAACCUGCACAUGGAAGAGGACGUGGAGAACUACCUGCUGAAGCGGCCGAUCGAGCCGGCGGAGAACAAGCGGGUCAUCGUGGUGUUCUACUGCGAGUUCUCCUCGGAGAGGGGCCCUCGGAUGUGCCGGUUCGUGCGGGAGCAGGACAGGCUGAGCAACGAGUACCCCAGCCUGCACUACCCAGAGCUCUACGUGCUCAAGGGGGGCUACAAGGAUUUCUUCUCCAGAUGCAGGAGCUUCUGUGAGCCCGAGAGCUACCGCCCCAUGCACCACAAGGACUUUAAGGAGGACCUGAAGAGGUUCCGCACCAAGAGCCGGACCUGGGCUGGGGAGAAGAGCAAGAGGGAGAUGUACAGUCGCCUGAAGAAGCUCUGAGGGCUGCAGGGACCCAGCACGGACUGUCCAGCGUGGGGGGGGCCUGUCCUGCCUCUCUCUCCUCCUCCGUUUGCUCCCUGGGAACUCCUGGAACUCGGGGCUCCGGGCCCGGAUCCGGCCGGGAGCUGCCUUUGGUUAUUUUUGUUACGUUGCUUCCUGAAAAAUGGCUUCUUGUGUUCUGUGCCACCCCCAGAGCGCCCGGGGAGGGGUGGGGGGAGACCCGUGGGGGCAGCAGUGUUGAGGGUGUUUUAGUGCCUGUUAUUUUUUUUUUUUUUUAAAUGCUCGAUUUUAUUUAAAUACAGUCAAAUGAAGCCAAUACUGCCGCUGUUGGAUCAUCUGGGUUCUGCUCAAACCUGGUUUCUGCCCCGGGGCAUCCUGCUGGUGGAGGGGUGGGGGUUAAUUGUUGUACUCAGCUGCAGCUUUGGUUCUGUGUAGUGUUUGUGGUGAAGGAAAAUGGGAAAUGUCCUGUUACAGCCCGAGGUUCCCACCUCUGAGCCUUUGAAAGCCCAUCUAAGGGGAAUUGCUUGUUCAUAAAUAUCAUGUUCACCUCGUUUACUUCAAA